AUGGCAGAAAAUGUCCAGGUUGCGGCAUUCGAAAACUACAAGGCAAGGGAAGGACUGACUCCCAAUCAGAUCGUCCACAUCUUCUCAACUGUGGCUGAAAUCUAUGAGGAGACAUGGAAGACGAAAAAUUACAAAGACCCCGAGAUUCUGUCUGACGAGGUUUCUGACUACUUCCGGGGGACAGAGACGUCAUCUGUGAGGAUCCUGGACGUCGGGGCAGGCACCGGCAUGGUUGCCGAGCAGUUGAGGAAGAGGGGCUUCAUUGAUAUAGAUGGCCUUGAUCCCUCCAGCGGUAUGAGGCAAGAAGCCAUGAAGAAGAAGGUCUACAAGCAAUACUAUCUGGAGUUUAUGGACGGCCACCAUAUUGACAGCAUAGCAACAGACACCUAUGACUGUGUGGUGGCAGCUGGUUGCUUCAACAUGGGACUCCUACCUUGCGCAGCGCUAACGGAGAUAGCUCGUCUGGUGAAACCAGGUGGACUAGUGUGCUUUGCCGUGUUUGACCAUAACUUCUCGGCAGUGCCCGAGUACAACAACCGCCUAGGACCGCUCAUGUCGAGGAUGGAGAAGGAAGGAGUGUGGGACCUAUUCGACAAGAAAAGACGAACGGAUUCGGAUAUGACCGGUGCUGUGGAAACUGUCUUCAGAUAUACCAUUAAGGCAUCUGAAAUAGACGCGCUGCCACUUCUUGCCGGUUUCCCCGCCAAUGGUUCUAGCAUCAAGAUAUAUAAUUCCAAUAGUAUUUGCAAUUAA